AUGCCUAUUACGGGCAGUUCCCGUGGAUGUUUAAUCAAUUUUCUAUAUUAUGGCAUUGAAAAGGUUUCAAUUUUGAUGAAUGCAGUGCAACCCCCAACCCAUUACUGCGGAGGUAUUAUUAUCUCUGAUCAAUGGAUCUUAACAGCGGCUCAUUGUCUUGAAGAUCACAUACGGGAUCAGUUUGUUGUCCGUUUGGGCGCACAUUCAAUACAAACUCAAUUGGAGGUCAAUUCAAUUGAUAUACCCAUUGAUGCCAUAGUAAUACAUGAAAACUAUUCGCCUGACGAUCCAGAUAAGGGAGAUCUACAGUCAGCGCUUAUAAACAAAUACGACUUUAUGACUAUUGAUGGCAUCAAAGUUAUGGGAACAGUUGUUGGAUGGGGAUGGCUUAAGGAUAGCUUUGAUAACAAUCAAGAGGAAAAUUUGGGAAAUAUUUUGCAAAAGGUAAAAUUGGCCAUUAUAUCAAACAAAGAGUGUCAACAAUGGUAUAGAUCUCAAGGCAAACCACUGACCAUAAGUGGCCGUCAAUUUUGCGCCGGUUUUUUCAAUGGAGGCAGAGAUUCCUGUCGUGGCGAUUCCGGGGGUCCACUACUAGUGAGAGACGCCGAGACAAACCUCUAUCAUCUCAUUGGUAUCGUUAGUGCCGGUAUUGGCUGUGCUUUGCCUAAACUACCCGGUCUUUACACUCGAGUAGACGUUUACAUACAUUGGAUCAAUCGAUAUGUAAAAUCAUCAUAA